AUGUCUAGCGAAAGUGAAAGUCAAAAUAAAUCAUCGCCUUCGGUAGAAACGACGACGACACCAUCUCAGGAAAUAAUUGCUAUAAAAUGUUGUACAUGUGAAUCAGUAAUUCACGAUGGUGAAACUAGACUUACAUGUAAGAACAUGAAAUGUAACAAACGGACUUGCAAUACGUGCAUAAAUGUGAUGUUAGAAAUAAUGUUUGCUCAACCUAUUUUCAAUUAUCCAUUACCAUGUGGUUCAUGUCAAUAUCCGUUCGAUCCAAUAGAAAUUGAUCGAAUAUUUAUGAAACAAGAAAACUAUGAAAAAUUCAUAGCAUGUGUUCUUCCUUUAUUUUGGUCAAAGGAUUGUCUUGGAGAAAAUGAAAGAUUAGCACAAUGCAAGCCCAUUUUGUCCUUAUCUUGA